GGCCGUUGGCGUGGCCUCCCGUCAGUAGAGCCGUUGCCCUACGAAUCCCAUUCCAAAAUGUGAAAGAGAAACGGCCGGUGGAGGGGGAUCGUAGGCAAUGAGUCGGCGAAGGAAACAUGGGGAUAGCCCCGGCCUGAAGAGCACGCCGCGCAAAGCGGCUGAGGAAUGCAGCUCGGUGGUCGAGCCUGGGAAGAGGCGGCUGAGGUCGGCCCGCGGCUCCGGGCUCCGCGGGGCGGGAGAGGGACCUCCCGUGCCCCAGCCGCAGCAAGAGCAGCCUCCGGCAGCCGCUUCGUGCAGUAAAAGUAACCCCGAGGAAAGGUAUGAAACCCCAAAGAGAGUGCUGAAAAUGGACUUAUUGUCAUCUACCUUCAGUUCUCCUAAUGAUCCAGAUGGACUGAAUGAUAUCUUUUGGGAUCAAAAUUCUCCAAUGACAAAACAGUUAGGUAAGGGAAGAAAAAAACAGAUUUACAUCACAGACAGUGAUGAAAUCUCACAUAUCGUUAACCGUAUUGCUCCUCAGGAUGAAAAACCAACAGCUAAUUCCAUGUUGGGAAUGUGGAUUGGUGAAACUGCUAUUCCUUGCACCCCUAGUGUAGCAAAGGGAAAAUCAAGAGCAAAAAUCAACUGUACAAAGCUAAAAACACAAAAUCGAGAAGAAGAACUUAUGAAACUGGCAAAACAAUUUGAUAAAAAUAUGGAAGAGCUAGAUGUGAUUCAAGAGCAGAACAAGAGAAAUCAUGAUUUUAUCCAAGCAAUUUCAGAAGCAAAGACUUUAAAUAAUUAUGAAGAUAAUGUACAAAUGCAGUUAUAUGAUACAGUUCCCGAAGUAGAUAAUGCUAUAAUAAAGAAGAAACCAACUAAAGAAAACACCAGGAUACCUGUGAUGAAUGACCAGAAUACCAGUCAGAAGCCAAUUGACCAGAAUGUUGAAGCAGCCUUUAAUGCCAUUUUUGAUGGCUCAACUCAGAAAUGCAGUGGACAGUUAAGCCAAGAUGUGUCACAUAUUUCCUUUACUGCCAGUAAUACUAUCUUUGGAAAGAAAAGUGUUUUGAAAGAGGAAAAUGUCAUUGCUAACGAAACUCUGGUUGCUGAAAAGCUGGCAAAUAAAACACCAGGAUCACUUUCUCAUCAAAUAGAUACUCCCAUAACACCGUCAUGUGUGACUUCCUACAUAAAGGAGGAAGAAGCUUUUAAUAAACAUACCGAUGCAUUUACUACCAAUGAUUUUGAGGAAAACUGGGAAAACUUAUUAGGUAAUGAACCUAUUUUUCGAAAUAUAGAAGUGCCUGAACUUUCUCCUGUUUCUGAAACAUCCCAGGUUGCUGAUCAAAAGGGAAUUUGUACUUUUAACAAUAAUAAUGAUAAAAGUCAGUCAAGACUAAAUAAUACAACUCCAGAUACCAGGUUAAUAGAUUCCAAAAAAUUACAAUUUUCUUCAAAGACACAUAACAGUGAAUUAUCCUGUGAUGGAAAGCACAAACUUUCACCAAAUCCAAGUGAUAAACCAAACAAAUUAAUUUUCACUGGAAAUAAAAAAUUUGAGAAAUCUUUCAGUAAGGUUAUUGUUCAAGACAAGUUUCAAGAUUGUACAAUUGCAUCUAAUCUGACAAAAGUGAAGAAAGACAUGCAUACCAAAUUUAUUUCCAAUGUAAAUCCUUGUGAGACGAACUCUACUUUAAACACAGGAUAUUCUAAUGAACAAAAAGAAAAGUCUAGUUUUAAUCAGUCCAUUAAAACAACUGCAAAUAUAGAUUCUUUUGACUCUGAAACUUUGGGCAACAAAACCAGUAUUCAUAACCCAAAUCAGACCAACGCAUCAAAGUUAGGCUCUUUCUUUGAUGAUUGGAAUGAUCCAUUAUUUGCCAAUGAAAUUAUUAAAGCAUGUCAUCAGUUAGAGAAUACCUGGGAAGCAGAUGAUGUAGAUGAUGAUUUAUUAUACCAAGCAUGUGAUGAUAUUGAAAAACUAACUCAACAACAAGACAAUACGAGGGACAGCAAGACAUCAGAAAGUUUACUUGAGAGCCAUAACAGUUCCAAACACGAAGCCAGAAACAGUUUUACUACAUCUAAACAAGGAAGUCAGUCAGUAAAGCCACAGUUGAAUCUGAGCAUUUCAUUGCAGACAUCUUCCUUGACAAAUAGCCCACAAAUAAAUAAAUCAGUGAAGAUAGAGAAAAGGAAAGUCUGUGGAAAUUCCCCAAGUUUUUUAGGUGCUACAACAAAUUUGACUAUAUACCCUAAUAAUUCUUCUUGUCCAGCAAAUAAUUUGCACAUCUCUUGGAAUAACAUUGGUGUCCCAAUAAAACUGAAUAGUUCCAACUUGGUUCAAACAGGAAGUUCAAGUUUGAGUUCAGAUCAUAUGCAUACAGAAAUGGCUUCUGGUAAGAAGAAUUUGAAUACUCAGCAUCUGUCCUGUCAGACCCUAACAGAUGAAGCUAAGAAUAAUCUCAAUAGAACAGUUAGAUUUUCUAAGUUUAACUUCACAAGAGUGAAGAAUUCUCAACUUUCUCAGUUUAAUCAAGACUACAGAACAGGAAGUAUUUCUGAUACCAAAAUUACACAGUGUUUAGAGAAAAGUAAAACUGUCGGUCCAUUAUGUGGGGAUGCUAUUAAGCAGCAAUCUUUGGUAAAACUUCCGGAAUCUUCAAAACAACCAUCAAAAGAGGAAGAAGAGAAAAAUAGAAAGUAUUCUCCUGAAGAAAUUCAGAGAAAAAGACAAGAAGCCCUGGUUCGAAGAAUGGCAAAAGCACAGGCAUCAUCUGUAAAAGGAGCUCCCACUUAACUUGAUUUCUUUACUGAAAUAUUAGUUGGAAGACUUAACAGAGACAAUUGAUAGCUAUCUAUGAUAGAAAAUAUUUCUUUCUUGAUUUCUCUGUGAGAAAUUGAAUGCUGUUAUAAGCAUGGACUUGUUUAUUUAAUAAAUCAGUGUUUGCAAUGA